AUGUCUCCAACACCACAGCAGCUGCUUGCGAUCUCCAUCACAGAGCGCGUCUGCUCAGCGGUUUCUUUGCUUGGCGCCUUUGUGAUCGUGACCACUUUUAUGAGUUCCUGGUCAUUUCGAAAGCCUAUCAACCGCUUAGUCUUUUAUGCUUCCUGGGGCAAUAUCAUGGCGAAUCUAGCCACACUGAUCUCACAGUCUGGGAUUCAUUCGGGUGUGGACAAUCCGCUGUGCCAGUUUCAGGCUUUUCUCAUUCAGUGGUUCAUGCCAGCCGAUGCGUUGUGGACAUUUGCAAUGGCGUGUAAUGUCUAUUUGACUUUUUUCCACAAGUAUAAUUCAGACCAACUUCGUCAGUUGGAAUGGAAGUACCUGGCUGGUUGUUAUGGUAUACCUUUUAUCCCGGCCUUUGUGUACUUCUUCAUCAGCACGUCAAGUCUUGGACGGGUCUAUGGCUCGGCAGUGCUCUGGUGCUGGGUCUCCCGUCCCUGGGACUUUCUGCGCAUCGCAACCUUCUACGGACCCGUCUGGAUGGUCAUCUUCGUCACAUUCACCAUCUAUCUGCGCGCCGGCUCCGUCAUCUACCAAAAGCGUCGCCAACUCGAAGCACUAGAAAAUGCGGACUGCUCAGAUGCACAGCCAGCCACCGACUCACCACCCAUCUCGUCCUCUCUUUGCGGAAUUCAAGUCACCCAUGAAGUUGCCCUCUUCGAACCAGAGCGCCCAUGCUCUGCACUUUCCAACCACCCCAGCUCUGCUGCCUCCAGUAUCCACGGCCUCGAUUCACCCGUCUUCACUCCGUACUCCGUCUCUGUCGAAAGCGGGACUGUGGAUCCCAUCAUCAUGUAUCUGAACUCGAUGCCAGAACAGACCCCUCAUUAUGGACCAGGGUCCCGCUCGAGACAGAACUCGACCGUGUCGCACUCUGAUGCGUCAAUCGCGCUGAAAAAUGCCAGAUGCACCGGUGCGGAUUCGAGUCCGACUCGCCGCACGGCAACAGCCGAUAUUGGCUCGGCUGCAUGGAUCUAUACCAAGUAUGCGAUGUUGUUUUUCAUUGCAUUACUUGUGACGUGGGUCCCGUCUACUGCAAAUCGCGUAUACUCGCUGGCUCGUCCCGACGAUUUCUCUUUUGCGUUGAAUUACGCUUCGAGCUUUGUGCUGCCGCUCCAGGGAUUCUGGAAUAGUUUGAUUUACGUGUCGAUCUCCUGGCCUGCAUUCAAAGCAUUGUGGACGAAGUUGCGUGUCAGCUUAUCUGGUUUGAAGCGAGAUGUCUCGUGA